ACUGUAUCCUGCCUGUGUGCAUGCUUGCAUGAGAGUUUACUAAUACAUAUAAUGUUAAUUACCCACUUAUGUCCUGAAGCAAGGCUGGGAAUGAAUUUCAGGAAAAGAGAUGUUUGUUUUGCACCAUCGCCCACAUCCCAUACACUCUCGGUCACGAGGAAAUUGCCCCGUACCUCCACCCUGCGAGCGCUCGUUCCUGCAGCUGUAGGCACCAAGCAGGGAGAACCCACAGACCUUACAGAAACCCCUGUUCCUCUGCCUCCCCCACCAUGGAAAACUCACUCGGGAGCGAGCCCUGGGUCUGUGCACUGCUCCUGCCCCAGCUGAAGCAGUACAGCUGUUGCUUCAGUAGAGAAAGGGAUUGGAUUUCACAGGCUGUGUAAUCUGCGACAGAGCUCUUUGGCUUGGGGAGAGUAACAAGCCUCACCCAGGCUCAGCCAUCCCCUUUCUGCCCGUAGAGGAACGCCCCGGUUGACAUAGAAGGAAAAUUGUUUGCUGAAUUUCUGCACAGCCCUCCUUCCAAUUGCUGGAGAGAGAGGGGGGAGUGAGAAAGAGAGAGAGUUUAAGGCAGGCUCUGCACUGGUGUUCUGGGCUAUUUCAACUUCAGGGCAACUUUAGAGAACUUCAGUUAUUUUUGGUUCCGGACGACAGCUGAGACCGGCAGAGCCUCCGGGAGAUGCUGAUGCUGAUGCAGAAGAUGAAGAUUCUGUUAAUGAAGUGGCAGUAGAAGACAUCCGUCCAAGGCCACAGGGAUCCUCACCAGUUUAUGAAUAUUCCGUAGAAGAAGAAUACUUAAAGCUGCAAGAAGAAAACAAAAAAUAUACUACCGACAAAUCAAAACAGAGUCAUCCACAGGAGACAAUGGAAGUGACCUUGAAAACAGAAGUGGAAGCUGGUGCUAGUGGUUUUAGUGUGGCUGGUGGAGGAAAUGAAGGAAUAUUUAUUAAAAAAGUUCUUAAGGAAUCUCCUGCUUCAAAAGUGUUUAGUCUGAGAGAAGGUGAUCAACUUCUAAGUGCUACAAUAUUUUUUGAUAAUAUCAAAUAUGAAGAUGCACUCAAGAUUCUUCAGUAUUCGGAGCCAUACAGAGUCCAAUUCAGCCUGAAAAGAAAAAUUGCUGGGAAAGAAGAGCUAGAACAUUUUCACUCUACAGCACAGUACAAAAAGGAACGAUUAAGUCAGGAUAAAGAACUCAGUGAAAGCAUUCCUGAAGAAGCACUGCACGUUUCAGGAAAAGCUACUUCAGAAGAAGACAGAGAAACAUUAAUUGUAAACCAAAGGGUUGGAAGAAGCAAAAGACCUAAAAAAGAUAGAUUAUCAUGGCCAAAAUUCCAGUCAAUUAAAAAUAAAAAGAUACUGGGACACAGAAGAUCUCACAGUACAUCAGAUGCAUAUGAGCCUGCUAUACAGGAUAUUUCCCCUACAAGCACAGAUACAGAAUCUCAACAAGAAAUUCAUAUCAAACAAAAAAAAGGAAGCCAAAAGAAGCUGAAGUUCCCUAGUAUUGGAUUCAAAAUGCAUAGAUCCAAAACAGAACAUCAAGACAAGCAAAAAAAAGAAAUAAAUACUACAUUGUUAUAUGAAAAACAGAAAAUGCACAAAGAAGAUAUCAGCCUGGAAGGUCCUGAAAUACUGACUGUUGAAUAUACUGCUUCUACUUCUGAAAUGAAAACAGAGGAAUUACAUGAAACUUCAACAACAGACUUAAAAGAUGUGGAAAAUGGUAUUCCCACAUAUGCAAAAAAGUGCCCUGAAGUUGAAAUAAGCAUUAAAAAGGAAAAGGAAUCAGCAUUGAAGUAUACUGUACCUGAAGUGCAAGAUAUAACCAGAAAGGUAUCAAAGCCAAGUUUAGAAGCAGAUCUGAAAGAAACCCCAACAAAACAAACACCAAAAGCCUCAACAAAAUCCCGAAAAAAGAAGCAAAAAGGAACAGAAGAUAAAACAGAAGGAGAAAAUGGAAUUAAAGUAGACAUAAUGGAUCACACUGCAGAAGUAUACAUAGAAGAAAGAGAUUUAGAAAUAGGUAGACCUAGAGUUGAAAUACAAACACCCGAGACACUGGAAGACAGAGAAAAACAAGCAGAAGAUGACAAACAGAUACCAACAAUUCAGAAAACAAAAUUUUGGAUGUCAGUGCCAAAAAGAAAAGAAACAGACACUAAAAAGAUAUUAACAAAAUCAGAAAUAGAUGUUCCAGAUUCAGGAUUGGUAACACAAGCUGAUAAAGAAAUUGAGAAAGGAAAGAAAAUGGAUCUGCAAGCUCAGAUACCUGUUACAGAAAAAGAAGAAUCUACAUGGAAAAUAACAAUACCAUCAGUCGAAAUGGUGACAUUACCCACAGGUGAUACCAAAAUAGAAGACAGCAAAGUAGAAUCCAAAUACACAGUAAAAAAGGAACAGACAGAAGACAGAAACAUACAAAGAAGUGACAGAAGUUCAAAGAUAGAAAUUACUGCAAAGAAAGGAGAAAAAGAUGUAGAUGGAAAAGAAAGCAAACAGAGAUUACCUAAGUUUAAAUUACCUACAUUUACAUGGGGAACAAGUAAAGAUGAAACACUCAAACCAGAAAUUCUGUUAAGUGAGACAAUCACUGCCAGGGAUGCAAAAGUCGAGGUGGACGUCAGCGUGCCCAAAGUGGACGCCAGCCUCCCCGAGGCAGAGGUCAAGGCCGGCGCUGUCGACGUCAGCAUCUCGGCCCCCGACAUCAA